UGUUGCUGUGGAUCAUCAGCAUGUUUCUGCUGCUGUGCUCGUUGUCCCUCCUGCAAAAACUCAACAGCUUCAAGAAUUGUCUAUACCAUUUUCCUGUUAAUGGGAACUAUCUUGUCUGCUGUAAUGCUUGCUCCAGGGAUCACAGACAAGUUGGAAAAGAUACCUCAAUUUUGCGAGCAUGUUCCUGAGAACUGCAACAGCCUUGUGGGCUACUUAGCUGUGUAUCGUGUCUGCUUUGCUAUGGCUGCAUUUUUCUUGUUGAUGGCAGUCAUGAUGUUCAAAGUUAGCAGCAGCCAUGACCCAAGAGCAAAGUUCCAGAAUGGGUGAGUUCAUUUCAAAUUAAUUAUACAGCUCUUUCUUUUGUAAGAAAAGAAAAUGCAAUUUAUUUUAGUGUCAAGGUAUUUAGCACGAAAGUACUAAUUGGGGACACUAUUUUUGUGUCAUCCUAGCCACGCAAAGGUCUAGCCGCUUGCAAUGCAAAGGGAGUACCCUUCAUUUCUCAGUUAUUUUAAGACCCUAAGUAUUGGUCCGGCCCCAGGAAUCAAACCCACGACCUUCCGCUCUGCAGUCAAGCACUCUAGCAACUGAGCUAAUCCUGCUAUGGUUAGGGCAAAAUGUAGUGUUGGUUAAUUUAGGAAAAAAUCUAAAGCAGAUGCAUUUUGCUCGCUCCUACAAUGUACUGGGUAACUACUAGUCCUCCAUUUGUGUUUUGCCACAGGUCCUUGUAAGGAUUGCAAGGUAAUGCACCUGAAAAAGUAGAAAUCAAAAUGGCAGAGCAGACCAUUCGAGACACUUGUUUUUGUUUCAUAUUGCUCAAAUAUUUACCAUUCUUUUAAUUGUUUUUAUUAUUACUAUAAUGGGGGAAAAAAAAAAUCUUGCUACUUUUGGUAGAAUCUUCUAAUGUUUUUAGGUGAUCCUGUUUUUAUGUGGCAGUUGUAAUUUUACCUAUUUUGUUUUCUUUGCAGAUUUUGGUUUGUGAAGAUAGCAAUCUUCAUUGGUGUUCUUGUGGGGGCAUUUUAUAUCCCAAGAGGAACCUUUGGCACAGGUAUGUCAAUGAUAAAUGUUCAAGUGAAAAUAUCAAACCCCGGUUAGUAAGGUGUGGAAGCAGCACCAAUAUCGAUCAUUGUUCUGGGCCCUUAAUGGAUUUUUGCCUUCAACAUGGAAAAAUUGACCUUGGUAUUUUAAAUUAGGAAAAUAGGGUACAGGUGUAGGGAAGGGGGGGGGGGGGUGCAUACCCCCCCUUCCCUAGAUGACUUGCAGCUUUUUAAUACAACUGGUAUUCUACAGAAAAAAAAUUAUGGUACAGUGGUGUUGAAGUAACACAUGAGACAAAGUGGAGGAAUUUAUGUUUAACACUGUGAAAAUGGUAGUUAAAAUGGUAGGUCCUUUGUGGUGCACCCCCACUUAAGAAAAAUCCUGAAUCCACCCCUGCAAUAAUGCAAUGCACUCAAAUCCUGGUACACAGGUGGGAACUCAAAACAAGAAUUUCAAUGGACUUAACCAGAGGUUUAUUUGGGUCUUUGGUGCAGGCUAGUUAAAAAAUGGGCAUCAGUAAUAAUUUGUCAGUGUUGUCAUUGAAAUUACCUUCUUAGGAUGAGUUGUAUACAAGGUAGUUUAUUUAUCUGUCAUACUGUAAGCAUAGGAUAUCAGAAAAAUGUUGUGUUUUAGUGAAUAUGUUAAACUUGUGUUCUGUUCUAUAUAAUCUGCAUAAAAAACAGUGUGCCCUCCCCAAGGUUAAUACUGAACGAUUUAUGACAUCUUAUGUAAAUAGACUGAUUUUUAAACGCAGGAUAAGGUAGUUUCUACCUAGUAUUCUAUCAUCCAUUUGUAGUUUAACUAGUUUGAUUUUUAGGGUAGAUUUUUAUUGAGUGUAUAGGCAACUAGAAUGUAACAAAAGAUAUGUACUUUUAUCUUUUGGCAAUAAAGAUGAUGAUGAUGAUGAUGAUGAUGAUGACGAUGAUUAUUAUUAUUAUUAUUAUUAAUCUUUCCAGCAUGGAUGUACAUUGGUAUGAUUGGUGGAUAUCUGUUUAUACUACUGCAGUUAAUUCUACUUAUUGACUUUGCUUACAACUGGAGUGAAUCAUGGUAGGUUCCAAAUACCUAAAUUAAAAUAAUUUAUUCAAUAAACCUAGUGAUAAGUAAAAACGGCUGUCCUGCAUAUAAUGUCAUGAUGGUGGCUGGUCACAUUAUUUUUUGAAAGUGCUUUGUCGUCUUUCGGCACUACUUAAGUAAUGGCCACAAUCGAACAGGUGAAAAACCUUCUAAAAAAAUUCAUUGCCUGUAUUAAUUUUAUUUCAAACAUAAUUGGUAUUAUGGUGGCCAACGAGAAAACCUACUGAUUCAGUUGGCCAUCCUACUCAGAGUUUCAUAUUAAUUUCAUAGUGCUCAACAUUUUUCCUGUAAACGUAAUUCUAUAAAGUCUGUAACCUAGCAUUAGUCAAAAUAUUGGGGGAAAUAAACUGAACUGAACUGAACUGCAUUUGCAUGUACACAAAAUCCUGUUUAUAAUGCAGUUUUCUAGCCACAUUGAAUUUCUGUACCUUUGAUGAGCCAAAGUGGUUUUUCCAAAUUAAUAUGAAAUGUUUAAAAUUUUGAAGCUGGUUUGAAUUGUUGUACUGUAGGGUUGAGAAGUAUGAGACAACAGGAAACAAAAGGUGGUACUGGGGUAGGUACAUCUACAAUGGUCAUUAA